AUGGCUUCCUGGCGUAAUGCAUCAAUCAACGAUAUCGACGGUAUCGCACUUGUCUCCAACGAGAUCCACACCGAUCUGCCGGAGAGCAAAGACGUGUUCGCGGAACGCAUCAGGCUUUUCCCCCAAGGCUGCAUGGUCCUCGUCGAUGGGCAAAAGGUCUGCGGCUACACAAUCUCGCACCCCAUCCGCAGCGGCCAGCCGCCCACUCUAGACACUUUACUGGGAGCGAUAGAUGCCAACGCGGACGCUUACUACAUUCACGACGUCGCCGUCUCGAAAAGACUCCGGGGCCAGGGCCACGCAGCCGAGUGCGUAGACAGGCUCCUCAAAGUCGCUCGGCAGUUUCCCGAGACCUGCCUGAUUUCCGUCUACGGGACGACGUCAUUUUGGGCCCGGUUCGGGUUCGUACCUGGUCCUGUCGGGCCGGCUUUGUCGGAGAAGCUUCGCGGGUAUGGAGUGGAUGCGAAAUACCUCUGUCGAAGAAAUGAAUGA